AUGGUCACCGCUGGGCUGUUCAUCCUCAGCCUGGGAGGCUCCGUCCUGCUCCCAGCACUGGCCCCAGCAGGCACCCAGGGAAGCCAGAUCAUCGGGGGAAAGGCGGCGGCACCCCACUCCCGGCCCUUCAUCGCCUCCAUCCAGAUGGACGGGCAGCACAUCUGCGGGGGCUUCCUGGUGUGGCCCAAGUGGGUGAUGACAGCAGCCCACUGCCUCAUUCCCAGGCGUAACCCCUCGGUGCGCGUGGUGCUGGGCGCCCACAGGCUGGAGGAGCCCGAGAAGUCCCAGCAGGUCUUCAGCAUCGUGGAGUCCAUCGCCCACCCGCACUACAACCUGCGCUCGGUGGACAACGACAUCUGCCUGCUCAGGCUGAACAGGUCGGCCACACUGAACGAGUAUGUGAUGCGGAUCCGCCUGCCCUCGCCGCACAUCGAUCUGAAGCCCGGCACCGUCUGCUUCGUGGUGGGCUGGGGGGACACCUCCAACUAUGGCGACCAGCCCACCGAGCUGAUGGAGACCCCCACCACCAUCGUUAAGCGGAGCCUCUGCCGAACGCUGUGGAGGGGCAAGGUCUCGCCCAACAUGCUGUGCGGGGCCAGCCGCAACGCCACGCUGCAGGGCGUCUGUGCGGGCGACUCCGGGGGACCCCUGAUCUUCAAGAAAAAGGUUUACGGCAUCGUCUCAUUCUCUGGGGAGAGAUGUGGGGACCGCCGGUACCCUGACAUCUACACCAAGAUCUCCAACUACAUCGACUGGGGACGUGAUGGGGAGCCCAAGACCGGGCCCAAGACCCACCUGCGCAGGGAACCAGCAGAGCUGGGGCCUGGGUUUUAG